CACAAAACACAGUUAUUAUCCGUUAUCCACAAAUUCGUUUUUUAAAACAUGCCAUUGAUUGCACGGCAGCUUUGGCAGCAACAUAAUUGCCACUUUAUCCAACAAAAGACGCGGUCAUUCACCGUCACAUCAUCGCAGCGGCUCAAGGUUCUUUUUUUCGGCACAGAUGAGUUUGGAGCCAAGAUUCUCAAAGCGCUUGCGGAAAACAAGCGCAACCCAAAUCCUCUGAUCACCGAGCUCGCAGUGGUCUGCCCGGCGACACAGUACUACAGCAAGCUGCGUGCGAACAAGCCUCGGGUAAUGUUCCAAGCGCACACGGAUAUUCUCGCGUACAGAUACAAGCUUCCAGUGAUGAACCCGCCAGAAGGCAAGUCGCUCACCGGGUGGGCGCCCAACGGCAUUGACGGGAAGCCUUUGUUGGGCUUUGGCAACGAGUUUGAUAUUGGCGUGGUGGCUAGCUUUGGGAUGUUUCUGCCGCCGAGGAUUAUCAACAUGUUCCCCAAGGGCAUGAUCAACGUGCAUCCGUCGCUGCUGCCACAGUAUCGCGGGCCAUCGCCGAUACAGGCGGCUCUGCUGAACGGUGAUACACGCACGGGGGUGACAAUCCAGGAGGUGCACCCGCAGGUGAUGGACGGCGGCCGCGUGCUCGCCCAGCUGCCAUACGAGAUCGACCCGCGCGACAAAUACAUCGACAUGGCGCACGCCAUUGGCCGCCUCAGUGGCAGCCUGACCAUCCAGGUGCUGGAGAACCUCGACUUUGUGCGCCGCCACGCCGUCGACCAGGACGCCAGCCUUGCGACACAAACAAAGCUGUACAAGAAAGCCGACGCGCAGAUCAUCUGGGAGCAGAUGACUGCCACGGACAUCAUGCGCAUGCACCGCGCGUUCUACCAGAAGGAGCCGGUGCACACUUUCUUGCGCAUCAAGAAUAAGAUCCACCACGUGCAGUUUAUGGAGCUGGUGGAGCCAAAGAGGGACCCGCUGAGCGACGACUUUGCCGCGAGUGACCCGGGCACGGCGUUCUUCAUGAAGAAGGUGCCGUAUGUUGAGAUCAAGUGCAUUGAUGGGAGUAGGAUCCAUGUGACGCGCUUUAAGGUUGCUGGCAAGGCAGAGCGGGACGCCUUCCAGUUUGCUGCCGGUUACCAUGACCGCCGCAAGGGCAUGCGGCUGCUCAGCCGGGCGGCGGAUGUGAAGCGGCCAACGCCGCCGUUUGUGUACCCGCCAGGGUACGAGAGACCCGCUGCGCCAGGGCCGGCUAGCGAUGGUGCUGCGCCAGAGCCGGCUAGUGAUGGUGCUGCGCCAGAGCCGGCUAGUGAUGGUGCUGCGUCGGAUGUGGAGACGCUAGUUGAUCUGGCCAGUGACAGCGAGGGCCGCGGCGGCAGCAAUGGCGAUGGCGACAAUUCAAAGUAAACUCGGAGCUUUAGACUUAUUUACACAGCCCAAAAAGCUAAUUGAAUCAAAAAUCAACAGAUCAAAAGUCUUGGCAUUUAGUUCUCCAGCCAAGCAUGGCAUUUCCACUCACACAUGACAUAUUGACGGCGCGACCAAAAAAUAAAAGCCGCGCAUUUACUCUUUUUCUUGGGCCCAGAGCCUAUGCAAACGCAAGCAACCCCCUCCGCCCCCGCGUCGUCAGCAUCCCUCCCUUUCUUUUCUUAGGCUGUCUUCAAGUUAG